UCAAUGGAAAACACACACAAAAUUUUACAAGUCUUUAUUAUUUGCAAGUUAAAACCUUUUAAGAUCUAAUUAAAGUGAAAGAAACAUGAAAAGCUCCUUCACAUUCACCAUCUUAUUUUUUGUUCUUCUCCUUACCUCCUCCUGUGUGGUGAUGAGUGCGAGGAUGCAAGAAAUAAGCCCAAACGAUAGAUUGAUACCUAUAACAUGCAACACCAAUCAAGAUUGUGCUAAGUAUUGCAAAGGUCCCAUUCUCAAGUGCACAUAUCAUACUUGUGAAUGCGUACCCGGAAACCCUAGAUGUUGCUAGAAAUAUCCUCUACACAUAAUCUUAAACAUUGGUGUUUAAACUUCGUUUAUCUUUUCAUUGGAGUUUCUACCCAAAAAUAAAUAAAAUUAUGUUUUUUUUUCUGUUGAAAAUGUUUUGAACCAACGGUCUAACCGUUUUUUUUUUUGUGAUUGCAUUUGCAAGAACGCAAAAUUGCUACAUAACUAAACCAGAAAUAGAUGUUAGCGGUUUGUAAAUAAUAAGAUAGAUGACAUAAAAAAAGCCAAACUGGACAAAUAAAAUCUCAGCAGCAUAAGAUAUGACAUUGGACGCUAAAUAAUCACUUCAUUUGAAAUUAGGAAGAAUCAUUUUAGAAAAUUUUCAUACAAAUUAAAAAUUGCUAAAAAAUCAUAUCCAACUGAGUACUUACUAAUACAAAUAUCUAUGAUAUUUUCCCUUAUUAGCAAGCUGAACGAACAUGGCUGCAUAGUUUUUGGUACGUUGUACGUACUACGUAUAUAUGCACAUAAAGGACGGAGGACCAAGAGUUUUUUUCUAAUAUGGAUUAGACAUUUUCUUGUUACCGCUAAACAAGCCGUCGAGCGUGAACUAUUGGUUGAAGAAGACUAAUUGCUUCCUUUUAAAGAAUGCAUAGACGACGGCAACUGCAUUGUAGCAGCGAAAUGACGUUUGAAAUCUCGGUUCCAUGUUUCUCUCUGAACCUAAAAGCUUGGCUGAUCUUUGCUUUUGUUGGUGUUGUUGUCUUCCGUUUGUGUUCAACGUAACCCAAAUAAACCACCAGAAGAAUAUUGCUCUACAUAUAAUUUUUCAGCAUCUGAUAUGUUCCUUCUGCUUCUUUGAGUUCUUUCUUUGGACCCCCUGAUUGAAGAAACCGUGCCUCUGACUCUGACCCUUGUCAGUUCUGUUUUCUGACAAUGCAAUUGAAAGACAGACUCAAGAAUGGUGUCCCACACCUGAUACAAAAAAAAAAGCCUUCAGUAUCAUGCAUCAUCUUUCACACCAAACAAGCCCAUUUAUCGAACUCCUAUCAAUAUUCAGCAACAGUGUACUUUGCAUAUUCUAAGUUAGAGGUCAGGUACUGGGCCAGGUACUGUUCAUUCAAGGGUCCAUAGCUCAGUGGUAGAGCAUUCGACUGCAGAUCGAGAGGUCACCGGUUCGAACCCGGUUGGGCCCUUUUUCUAGUUUUGUUGUUUACCCUUUCUUUUCAAAAUUUCAGCUCAUGACUUUAUCAUGUGACUGUAGAAGACUAUUUAGCUUCUUAGUGAUUGUAGAAGACUAUGUAUCAUCUUAGUGAUAACUAUGUAUAAACUAUUUUCUCAAAAAAAAAUAUGUAUAAACUAUAUGCUUGUGUUGUGGGGGGUAUGUAUGAAAUAUUCAGAUUUCAAGAAAGAAAAGCCAGGACAGAAACAAGAACAUCUCUGAAUGAUAUGCAAAAUUCAAAAGGUCAUCAAAAGUCAAUAUACAAAGUGCUUUCUUUACAUAUUAUUACAAAACAUUGAUUACAAAACAUGGAACCCAUCAAAGAAAUCCACAAUCACACCAUUCCCAAUAUAUAAUCAAAUCUCCAUCAAAAGAUUCAACACAUGCAAUUUUUUCUUAUGUAUAACAGCGAAAUGUCAUGCCAGUUGAAAA